AUGCUCUCUUCGUUCAUCUCAUACAUCCCCAAGGGCAACAAGCGCAAGACCAAGAACUUGAAUCACCAUGGCCGGGUACCGACACUCGCAAUCGGACCCUCGGGGUCAGCACGAGGAGGCGAAUAUAGCGCAUAUGCGGCCAGCGCGCCCUGGGACUACAGUGGCGCGUACUCGCAGACGUAUAGGUCGCCGAUCUUGGACAUCCACGACCAGCGCCGCACACGCGAUGGCCAACAACGUGUAUCAGAGGAAGAGUUUCUACAGGCACCACCGCCUGCAUCACCUAGGCUGGAUCUCGAUAUACCAUCAUCUCAUCUGCAGCUGUCUGGACUUCUCCCCCCGGAGCUGGCCAAGGGGGAUUCGAUAGCAUUGCUGAUUGAUGAGGAGUUGAGCAACGACGCGAGAGCGACGGGGGAAAGGCCAUGGGUCGAUGAUAUGGACGUAGCUGAGAGGUACGAGCAGAGAAGGAGCGGCCAGGGUUACCCAGCAGCACACGAGCAGGAAUCAGCAGAGGACUCCCCCAGUGCAAGUUCGGCCAGCAGCGACGGCGUUCCAAUACCUCCCCGUCAACCAUUCCUGGAAGACGAGGAAGACGAGGACUCAAUAUAUUCCUUGGAAUAUGUGAAUUUUGAUCCAGAUGCACCACCAAGUCCCCAGAGAACGAAAGCAGAACCUACAGAGGGCGAGGAGGAAUCAAUACUACCAUACGCGUCGGUCUCAAGGAGACCUGCACCAGCACCGAUUAAAAUUCCCAACCUCGCACUCUAUGGCCCAAAGGUACAACUACUCCCUGGCUCUUCAGGCUACCAGUCACGCCCACAAUCCCGGGGCAACGAAUCCAUUAUCUCCACAGAGCCUUCAUCAGCGGUAUCGGGUACCUCGCUCGCGCGCGCGCUUUUCGCCAAUACAUUCGUGCUUAGCGGUAACCAAACCUCUCGUUAUCGCAGCGGCGUCAGCAUGAAUCUGACAAGACAGGACUCGGCGACCUUACCACGGGGGGAGCACCCGUUGAUGUCUUCUCCAUUCUUCCGUGAUCGGCCUGAACAAAUUGGAAGCCCAAUAUUGAUCCCAGCAGGAACAGGUGUCUCACUUCCGCCACCAUCUUCAUAUAGACCGUCGACGGCGGAAUCAAUGCACAGGCAUAGAGUCCCGAGGCGUUCAGUACCUGACAGACCGAUGACGGCACCAUCUUCUAAACAUUUUAGUGCCGCAAGCCUACCCAUCAAGCAUGCUUCUGAGACAGAUCAACCGGAGACGGAGACGAAACCUAAAGAGGAUGAGAUUGUGAGCGCUCCUAUAGACGCUUCGUCUGACCAGAAGGGGUUGCAUCGCAUUUCGCGCAUCUCGGAAGUCGCCUCUCCGCCUCCCAGUGCUCCUCCCAGUGCCUCCACCCCUGGUGUAGCGUCGGAGCACGAGGAGAACAACGUAGGCAGUGAGGCCGAGGCAUCACCGUCGCUUCUCACCGACGAUAAGCUUGGACCAGAACCACAAUCAUCACCAUCACCAUCACCAUCAAAUCCCACCCAUGUCCACGCAGCAUCCUUGCCUGCGUCAGAUGUUCCCAACAUUGCCUUACCACAGCUUUCCCAAAGCCAGGAGGAGGUACCCAUGCAGACGAAUGAAGAGCCCGGCGUUCACCUCGGUGCCUUGAACUCACCCAAUCCAACUCCACGUUCGGCAGGCGAAUUCUCCAUCUCGUCCGAGCCAGGCUCAGGAAGGGAAAUCGACAACGUUCUCGAUUAUUAUCAGUUCGAGUCCCAGCCGACGACAUUCCCAAACCUUCGCCUACCUUUCUCACCGAUAUCCGAAGAGUCGAGUUCGAUGCUCAGUCCUGUGAGCUCUGCUAAUCAAAGAAGCCCUAACGGAAGUAAUUCGGGUGUGAGCUUGGUUGGCGAAUCGAAGAUGAGCCAGCAACAGAACGAUGCUAGGAUGAGUGUAUUGUCGUCGUCGGCACGAGAGUGGUCACCAAGGAAGCCAUCGAGUCCGCCUUUGUUACCAAUAGGAAAGAGAGAGCUGCCUCGUCGUCCUGGGUUGCUACCGAUCGGUGACCGUCCAAGGUCAUUCCAGGUUUCCCCUCCCCCUCCCAUAUCUCUCGCUUCUCCUCUCUCUUCUUCCGGUUCAUCGAAGAUGAGCAGUUUGGCAUUGUCUGCAAGUACGACUGCGUCAUCUUCACUAGCGUCUCCGGACUCUGGAGGUCCACUCCUCCCCCCUUCACGAAGUGUCUUCAACCGCGCCCGAUCUGGCAGCGCGCCCAGCCCCAUCAAAGUUGUUCGAAACUCGAGGGAUUUCAAGAAGUAUCACAUUGCCGUUGUCACGCCUCUCAGUGGUGGGAGCGAGAAGGAAGAGGCCUUUGAGUCAGCACGAACAGAGCACGAUAGCAGGGAAAGUAAAUCCCCAGAUGAAGCACAGGAUACAACGUCUAGUUCAGGCUCCCAAGACCUCGAUCGCCCACGCCAGGAAUUUCCCGAGACACCAAGUGCCUUCAGUCCAACGUGGUCGUUCACUAUGAUGUCCCCUUCUGGCCGCGGAGAGUCGACUCAUGAGUAUCCUGUCUUGAUGCCUAUGUCUGCUGGCGGAGGGAUAGGUGUACGAGGGAGUAUACAACCGGCAAGUCUGGCCCAACAAGUGCUCUUGACGCGAGCAGCAACCUCUGUCCGUGGCGCGCGCCACUCUAGGCAAGCUAGUCUGCUGAGAAACGCGACGGUCCCCGCAGCCAAGGUUGAGAUGGCGCCAGACGGGCAACGGGUAAUGCAGCCUAUUCUGCAAUUGGAGCCUCCGUCAGCAGGUCGACCAUUGUCAUUGAAACGACCGUUGGAUGAAAUGGAGGAGGAAACUGAAUCGGUCGGAAGUCCCGUGCUGCCUGGUACCCACCAUAUGGUUACCGAAGAGCCAGAAGCAAUGGAGGGGCAACUUCCGGAAGACAUCUCACCAACGAUCGCGAAGCAACCUCUCCCUCGCGUACCGUCAGAUAUUACUCAUGAUGAGCUCUUUUCUCCUCGUAUCCCUAAUGCAUCCCCCGUCCGAUUACAGAAGCCCCGCGUGGGUGAUCCUGUACUUCCCACCCUUUUCGACCUCCCACUACCCUCACCUCAGCGCUCAGCCUCGGCUAGUUCCCCUCCUGUCACGCCUUCGUUCUCUUUCCGUGGAUCCCCCUCACCCAAGCUGAGUGCUCCAGCAUCUUUGGCUAGCGCCGCGCCUAGUCGUUCUGUUUCUCCCCUUUCCGUUGCAAGUUCCUCUCGACAUCCACCUUCUUCCAAGCACUCUGACUGGUCUUCCGUGCACCACCCGGCCUCACCACGCCUCCAUCCUGGCUCCCCACACCUUUCACCCGCUCCGUCACAUGUAGGGUUCCAAGACACAUCUUCACUUCGUUCUGUCUCUCCGGCUUACCCCGCCUCGCCCACCCUAUACAACCAUAACUCCCACUCUUCUCCACAGCUUCCACCCCCGUCGCCUGCUCGCAGUCCUACGGUCCCCUUCAUGCCCCCCCACUCCAACUCUGGUGCAUCAUCAUCUUACGAGUCGUUGCACUCCGUACAUAGGCUUCCACCUGUUGUUCGACCACCACCAUUGUUACUCAAUACCCCCGGCUCAUCUACGCAUCAAUACACUGUACAAUAUACCCCUUCGCCCUCUGUUCCUAAAGCCCUCCCUUUGCCGUCACCAUUUAUAUCACGACAGAGCAGAUUAGAUCUAGAUCAUCCAUUGUCACCCUCAUUUGUUCCUCCUCCACCCUAUUCCACCGUCGCCAACUCGCAUGAUCAUUCCUCGAGUGUGGAUGUGUCUGAUCAGCUCUCUAAUCUAACCCAUACGCCUAACAGCGCCAAUUCAAACAUCGCUGCUGAAGUCGACCCACGAACCCCUCUGUCCUCAGUUCCUCGCCGCCCAAGAGUCCGCCCUCCCCUUCCUAUGGGACCCCGCCGUCCUCAACAAGUUGUCGGGCAUCUUACUGCGAACAGUGGGGAUGUCAGACAACGAAAUGCAUCGGCUCCCAAUAUCGGCAAUACCGGUACAGCUAGUGGCCAUCAACGUCAAUAUUCCGCGCAAGUCCCAAAAUUCCGUUCUCCAGUUCCAAAGUGGAGAGGGUACACAUUGGAGGCUGCGAAGUGGACGUUCUCGUCUGCGGAGCUGCAACAGAUAGUCUCGAGGGCGAUACGGCAGUCCGCUGAAGCGUCUUCUUUCAGGCUUUUGCAGCUAGCGACACUUGACAACGAUAUUAGCCAGGAAAUGGAGAGGCUCAAAACUCAGCAAGCUGAGAUUCGGACAAAGUACAAACUCCUGUCUCGCAGGAGGCGGGGUUUGCUAGAUGCCCUUACUGGGCACUUCGAGGGCUCGGUCGUGGAGUACUCCGCGCCAACCCUGCGCAUCGUGGACGAAUUGGCUGACACCUGUUUGCAGCUCGACGAACUUGCCGAAGACUUAGAUAGCGUUGACGAGCAGCUCAGCCAACUGACGUCGUUGUGCGAGGUGCAUUCGUCCAGCGCCUUGGCCAUGGCGCUUCGGAAACUCAACACCAGCUUCCUCAAGCAGAUGCAAGAAAACAAAGCAUUGAAAGAGCAGAUCGAGACUCUCCAGGCCGAGCGAGAUGAGGCGUGGAAACAAGCACAAGAAGUUGCCAACGACUACGACGAUCUUACAGGCCGAAUCGACAGUGCGGUCCCUGAUUCUGCUGGAUGUCGGUCGAGCAAGGUCAUGGCAGUGAGGAAGUCUAGCAUUCGGGCUUCUAAAGCUGGGUUGCGAUCUACGUCAAGCUUCCGUCGUAGUCAACGCUCGUCUGUCAGUAGCAAUGGUCAGCGCAACAGUGUUGCAUCUGUGUCAGCUCCUGCUGUGUCCCCCAAUGAGGUUCCUCCGGUGCCGCCGAUUCCUCGUCGCAAACCCUUUGAUAUUGUUACUGAUAUACCGACUCGAACAUCAUCAACUGCGUACUCUAACGGAGUGACUCCUACUUCCGAGACUCGUGCUUUAGUUCGCGCUCAAGAGGAACUAUACGAUAUGCUAGGAAUCACUCUGCGGGAAACACACACGGCUCUACGUCGAUCGCAUUCUGUCUCAGAUCGGCCGCCCGAUUUUAACAUCUCCACGCUUUAUCCUUCCGGAGAUCCUCGUCAGCGAUACUCCGAUGCCAGCAGCGGUGGGCCCGGUACUCGUCGGUCGUCUAUGCCCAACCAUACCGGCUUGCAUCAAGUCUAUACCGCUAUGACUGCUGAUCGCAAAGCCAUGCUUGCCACUCUCGGGAUGCUCUCGGACCAAAACUGA